AUGUCAUCUUUUUACCAUUAUACGGAAAGAUGUACUAGGUCUUCACCGAGACAGUUCACGACGCGAUCAAGCUAUGCAACGGAAGCAGAAGAAGAAGAAGAAGACGAAGAAGGAACUGACGUUUACAAGGGAUCACGUCAAAGAUCUAUAAAAGAUAUCCUAGAUGAAGACGAAGACGGACAUCAUGGCGAUGUUUCUGCUUUAGAGAACUAUUAUCCUUUGUUGAAUGAAACUGAAUACAACGACCCGUUUAUAGAUGAGUUUGGGCGUCCUAUCACACUGACUCCUCCACCCAUUGCUAUGCCGCCUUAUGAUGCCAGUUACAGUGAUGAAUUCCUUGCCAUCGUUCGACAGUGCGUGAACAAAGCAAAGAGCAGCAUGCCGUCGACUUUGUUCCCUACUGCUAGCAACAAUAACAACAACAACCGUCAUGAUAGGCAACAACACCUGUCUACAGAGAAGGAUGGAUUGGUGGCUGACUUGCUCGAAGGCCUUCCUCAUCGAAUGACUGUUCCGGCCAAAAACAGCAUCGGUUCUCGUCUGACCCAUAAUAGAUUCACGCAGAAAGACAAAGGCAAGCAGAAAAUGGUUGGACAACAACAGGAUCAGAAAAAGUCGUCCUCCUUCAAUUCGUGGAUAGAUUUUGAUGCUUUCGACACACCCAAAGGCACUUCAAGUCACAAGAUGAGACUGUCGCCGCCCAUGCCACCACAGACCCCUUCCUACGUGAAAAAACAGACAAAGAAUAGGUUAGAAGACGAUCCCCAUGGCUUAUUCGACAACUACAGACAGUAUCCACUGGUAGACGAUAGGACAACCACUAUAGAGCAAGGCAGACGCGCUUUAGCUCCACACACUUCCUGCUUCACCCGCCAGCAAGCAGAUAUAGACCCAUUGCUUCUUCCGGAAGAGGAGGAGGAUGAGUUUUUCGUUUUAGAUAAAGUACCUACGCAUAUGAAUGAUCUGCAUUAUGUAUCGAAUGGAAAAUUUAAAACCAAGCAAAAUGCCAAAAACAGGGAAAAGGAACUUAUGAAUGCUAUUGACACCAAAUUUCACUGUGAACAAGAAAAGGCUCAUCAUCCUUUCAUCUUGCAAGAACAACAGUCCUUGGAAGAGGAAGAAGAAUUUCCCAUGGAUGACUCAAAGGAUUUUUCGUCCUGGCUAUGCUUCGAUAACGACGAUGAAUAUGCUAGCUUCAAGAAUUUUAUUGAUCAAACAUACGGCAACGGUCAUCAUGCCAAGCACCCAAACGAAGCACAGCAGGUUCUAAAUGAGGAUGACGACAAUGUUGACACAGUGUCUCUAACUGGCAGUGAUCUUCCUCAAAAGUCGUUCCGUUACGGUAACAGUAGCAGCACUAAGAAGAAAGUAGGAUUCUCAAAUACAAAUGACAGCCUGCUACCUGUACCAUUCAUGGAGCCUUCUGCCAAACAGAAUAAUGAGAGAAAGGAUGCUGACACAGCUGAACAAAGUUGCGAAAAGACAAGUAAUGCUGAGCAGCAAGAUCUCUCCACUUCUAUGCAACAGCAACAGCAAAUAGAGUUAUCCUAUAGCGGCUUCAAAAGCAAAAUCUUAAGGUCAAGUACACCCAAAAGGACGACAGUAGGACAUGCUAUUUUCAAUAGUAACUCGCUCUUAAGGAAACAUGCGCAGCAGCAAGAACAGCAGCAACUUGUUUUCAAAGGCUUAUUUGAAGACGAGGAUGGCCAAGAUGAUUCAUUUGAGGAGAAAGAAAACAUGGCUAGUAAUACACCAAAGAAUGUCGAAACAACAAGUGGUAGCGCUAACAUGCAGAGGUAUCUUUUUCACUCUACAGCCAGCAUGGGCCGAGAGCAAGUCAACAGCAGCAGAAGACCCCUCUUCAAUUUGACCAAGUAG